UUGUAGAGUUGAUAUGUCUUUGGGCAUCUCUAUUUAAUUUCUGUCAAAUAUAUAGUAUAUAGAAGUAUGUCGAGAGAAAGUUCGUAGUUCCUGGUGAAAUUUUAAAUUUGUUUCAACUGCCUAAUUAAAGCACUGUAUAAAAUAUUUUUAUAAUUUAAAUAGUGCCAUUGCGAAUUAAAAUGGAUUUAAGCGUGGAUGAAGUGAUAGAGGGCUUAUUCCGAAAAGAAGCAACUGAGCAACCUUCAGACACAAGGAAGUUUGAAGAACACGAGUUGGAACUGCCGAAAUGGUUUGACGAGAAGAAAUUCAAUAGGGGUCGGCGUUUCUUCUGGAACUUCAGCUUCAGCUUAGCCACUUCGAUGAUGAUUGGUCUGAUAGCGGUGAUCUCAGUGCCGUCUAUACUGAAGAUCCUAGUCAGUACACGCCGCUCCAACUCGGUCUUCACCGCAUAUAGACGAUAUUUGUCCACAUUACUACACGUGACCAGCUGGUUUGAAAACGAACUAAAACCUGGCAGUAUCUCAUGGAGAUCGCUGCACGCAGUUAGAAAGCGUCACCUUCACGCAGCUCUGGCGUCCAAAAAGAAAGGCCUCGGCGUCGUAUCCCAAAGGGAUAUGGCCCUGACAUUGUUCGGAUUUAUAGGCUAUUCCAUUUUGAUGCCUGAUAAAUUCAGUGUGUCCCAAUUAACGCCAGACGACUGGGACUCGUACAAUCACCUGUGGAGCGUUAUAGGUUACAUGAUCGGAAUAGAAGAUAAGUAUAAUAUAUGUCGUAAAACACCUGAAGAAACUCGCGAAAUAUGCCAAAUAUUAUUGGACAGAGUAUACAGACCUUCCAUGGAGAGUGUUCCAGAACACUUCGAACACUCAGCUCGGGUGUUAUUAGAUGGCCUCUCGAGCAUCAACCCGACCGUAGAAAUAGAGGCCACCCUAUUCUGGUGUCGACGUCUCACAAAUGUACCUGGUUACGUAUAUUCCGAAGAGGAGCGAGUAGCGCUGCAAGAUAGCUUACGGAAACAUUUAAAGGGCAAGAAUCCUGACACAGGUGUGGAUUCAAGACUCUUAAUAGACAAGCCAAUUUUGGAUGACAUCCCCGAUCGACCAGCGCGUUUGCUUUACCUUCACGAUUACGACACAUUGGAGAAUGUCCCUGCAUACAAAACACUGUCCCUCAAAGGCAAAUUCAAAUUAGCUCUCGGCAAUAUCGGAGUGGCUGCCUACAGUACGUGUAUAGGUCGAAAUUACUUCAAUUGGAACCAUUGGUUCAGUCUGUACCUUAUGAAAUAUUUUCCAUACAUCGCGUUCUUUCGAUUUGGUAUCAAACAGUCAAUUGUCAACAUAUUUGAAGAGGAUCCGACUGACAACACUGUACCUAAGCCUAAUGCAGACUUUUAUAAGCCACAAGAACCUCGAUCGUGGUAUAAAGAAUGGUUAUCGUUACUGUGGUAACAUUUAUACACCUAUAGAAAAGGGUUAUUAACAUUUCUAAGGGUUAGGUUAACAUUUCUAAAUAAAUGUAUUAUUAGAUACAUUAGUAUAUAAGACGUAAUGAAAAUGGUACAACUUUCCUCGUUAUGGAGAGGCGGAAUGCACAAAUCGCGCUUCAAUACAAAUCAUGUGAUAUAUUGUGUGUAAAGCUCGGGAUAAUGUGCCUUGUAACAAUAAGAAUAAAUUAUUCAAUUUAAAUAUACCGCUCAAUCUUUUUGACGAGACUAUUACGUUACUUUAAGGUUUGUAUAUCUAAGUAUUUAUUUAUUAUCACAAAAUUUUAUAUAUAUUGACAAACUUAUUUUUUAUACUGAAAAAUUCUACUAUCAUGUAAUUCUACGUUAAAUAAAUAUAUUUUAUAGGUACUAUAGAUGGUAUAGUAGAGUAAGAUCUGAAGUAUACAUAUAUGUUAACCUAUGAACCUCUUAUUGACAUUAAAAAUUAACAAGUGAUAUUUUUUUAAUUAAUUGUUAUUUAAUUAUAAGUGAAUCAAUUUUGUGCAUGACAUUUAUAGAAUAUAGGUACAUACGUAUGUAUAUUAGGUAUACAUUGACCAGUUUCCUAUAUAUAAGUAACGUAUAGAAUAAUAAUAGAAAUAAGAAAAUAUCAUAAUAACAGAUUAUAUUUAUAAAUCAAUGACUAUAUUCCGAAUGACUUGUUAAUUUUUAUUAUUUUUUAUUUAAUAAUAACUACUAUGUAUUAUAGACAUUCAAUUUAAUUAUAUAACUUGAGGAUAGAUUUCACUUUUAUUUUAUGGCAUUGAUUGUUUGGUAUUGGAAUUACCAUUACUUCUGAUUACUCUGUUUGAGU